GGGCAAAUAACUGGGAUGUGUUUAUCCAUAUGCUCUGGCGAAGCACCGGUGCGUCUUGGGGUUCCUUCCAGCUAGUGAUUUCUGUGGGUUCCAAGAAGAGGGAGGGCCGGAUGGAGGAGAUACGGAACUGAUGCUGCUGGUCCCCUGGCUCCCGGAGAACUACUGCUCCGGCCUGCUGGGAACAGGACUUCUAAGAGGCAAAUAUGUCUGGAAGGCUGUGGUCCAAAGCCAUUUUUGCUGGCUAUAAGCGAGGUCUCCGGAACCAAAGGGAGCACACAGCUCUUCUCAAAAUUGAAGGUGUUUAUGCCCGAGAUGAAACUGAAUUCUAUUUGGGCAAGAGAUGUGCUUAUGUAUAUAAAGCAAAGAAUAACACAGUGACUCCUGGCGGCAAACCAAACAAAACCAGAGUAAUCUGGGGAAAGGUAACUCGGGCCCAUGGAAACAGUGGCAUGGUUCGUGCCAAAUUCCGAAGCAACCUUCCUGCUAAGGCCAUUGGACACAGAAUCCGUGUAAUGCUGUACCCCUCAAGAAUUUAAACUAAUGGAAAGUAAAUAAAUAAAAGUGGAUGUGUGUUCUUGUAUUUUUGUUAAGUGGCUUUAAAAACCUUAUUGCC